AAACAUCAAAGUUGAUGUAUUUCAGAAAUCGUGCUCUGAAACCAAAGCCUAGUUAUGUUUGGAGUUGAAGUUGAAGACCUGGGCGUUUCCUCCAUUCUUCACUUCAACGUUGGAAUGCAAGUGGGUCUGUGAUUUUGCAUAAUGCAUAGUGUAGGCUUAAAAGAAACACAUAGGCUACAUGUUUCUUUAUUCAAAAUGUAGACUUAUUAGAAAUCCAAUACCCAUCAAAGUCACAGGCUAAAUUCGAAAUCUAAUAUCUAAUGCACAUUGAAGUAGACGUAGCUGAGAAACAGAGGAGGAGGAUUAGAUAAAUGGUGUAAUCCAAGCCCUAGCCUAAGCCAAGCCGGGUAUUAUAGCAGAAGAGUAAUGGUAGGACCAAAGAGGCAGUUGCUUCCACUCCUCCUCCUCUCUCUCUCCGCCCUCUUCUUCUACUCCUACUACCACUCUUCUCUCACUCUCCAUGCCGAUUCCAAUCCCAAUUUCAAUUUCAAUCUGCGAUCCCAAAUUCCUUCUCACCACCCCAAUUUCAAUUUCACAUUCAUUCUUAAAGUCCUCGCCUUCAACCGCCAUGACUCCCUCGCCCGCUGCCUCCGUUCCCUCGCCGCCGCCGACUACCUCUCCGACCGGGUCCACCUGCACGUCUACAUCGACCAUUUUGACCAUGGCGGCAAUGGAUCGGCGACCAAUGCAGAUCAGAAGCUGGACGAAUCGCAUCGGAUGCUAGAGUUGGUUGAUGGGUUCGAUUGGAAAUUCGGGGAAAAGCUCGUGCACUACCGCACCCGGAACGUGGGCUUGCAGGCCCAGUGGUUGGAGGCUUGGUGGCCUAGCUCCGACCACGAAUUCGCUUUCGUUGUCGAAGACGAUUUGGAAGUUUCGCCGCUUUAUUACAAGUUUCUCAGGAGUUUGAUUGUGAAUUAUUAUUAUAAUGCAUCCAAUUAUCGUCCGUACAUUUAUGGGGCUUCGCUUCAGCGACCAAGGUUUGUUCCAGGUAAACAUGGAAACAAAAUACAGUUGGAAAAUGGAACGCGUAUUUUCUUGUACCAACUAGUUGGUACAUGGGGUCAGCUCCUUUUUCCUAAACAAUGGAAAGAGUUCAGGUUGUGGUAUGACAUCCACAAGGCAAAGGAGAUAAAGCCAUUUCUUGAGGGCAUGGUGACAACAGGAUGGUAUAAAAAGUUGGGAGAAAGAAUAUGGACACCUUGGUUCAUCAAAUUUAUUCAUUCUCGUGGCUAUUUUAAUUUUUAUACCAGUUUUUCACAUGAGAGAGCACUCAGUAUAUCUCACAGGGAUGCCGGUGUUAACUAUGGGAAAACAGCUGGCCCUGAUUCCCAUUUGUUGGGCAAAAAUUCACUUGAUUACGGUUCUCUGGAAAUGCAACCAUUGAGUAAUCUGAAGUGGUAUGAUUUCUGUUUCAGAGAAAUACUUCCGGAAAGAGUUGUUAGAAGUUUUGACGAACUUGGACCCGUUCUUAAGACAGUGCAGAAGCAGGAGACUGUUAUUUUUGUGAGCCUAUAUGAGGUACUAGAGAUGGUAACAAAGAACCUGCUCUGCAACUUUGAGAGGCUAAAUAUUGGGAACUUUAUACUCAUUGGCACUGAGUCUGAAAUCCUGUUCGAUCUUGCAAGAAGAGGACAUCCCGUGAUUGUGGAAGACAAUUUUCUGAAGAGUUUAAGAACUUAUAAGGUUGAUCAACAAGAUUCGAAUGCACAGCUGACCAACAGGAUAUUAGUUAAGGCACAUGUAGUCAAGAAGUGUUUAGAAUAUGGUUACAGUUGUUGGGUGGUGGAUGGAAACAUGCUUCCAGUUGGAAGUUAUCCUUAUUUUAAGUCUGAUCCCAUCUAUGAUUAUUAUAUUGGGAAGAGUUCAGAACUCUUCUUUGCCAAAAGCUCUUCUUCUGCUAAGAAAAUUUGGAUCGAUAGACUUAUUUCCAACGUUGCAGAGAUGGUGGACUCCUUGUUGAAUCAAAAGAAGAGUGCAAGUUUUGUGCAUAUAAUGGCAAAGUUACUGGAACAGAAGGGUGUGAUGAUUAAAAGUAUUGAUGAGACAAUUGUUGGUGUAAAUAUUGGUAGUGGUAAAGUUAAACAAUCUUCUUUAGGGGGUGAACAAAAUAUUGUUUUCUGGUCUGGUGAGAUGGGUUUUGAUUUAAUUCAGAAGAGGCUUGAAGAAUUGGGUAUCUGGAUGUUAGAUAAAGACUUGUCAUGCAAGGCUGUUGUUUGUCAUCAGUGAUAGCAUCUGUUGGUGGUCAUUACAUUUUUGUUCAUUAUUUCUUCACUGUGUUUUAUCCGUGCAACUGUUUUCACUUUCUUUUAUGUCCUGAACUUGUGCUCGUUACCUUCUUGUGCUUAGUAUUUUUCCGAGCAUAAUGGCAAUGAUUACGUCUUAAACUUUUAGAACAGUAGUACGUAUGCUUAAUUCUGAGCCAAUUACUAUCAUCCUUAUUAUUAUUACUAUUAAUUUUUUUUUUUGCGCUGGGGGGGGGAAGUUGCGGUACAGCCUCUUGUAUUUUGCCAGUAGCAUAGAAACACCUUUCAUAUUUUAAUUGUGUUGUUUUGUUACUUUUUAUUUAUUUAUUUUUGCAUGUAAAUUAAGCGCAACAAAAUAGCUGCAGUUAGAACUGAUUUUAUUUAUGAUUUAAUGGAUGAAUUAUUAUUAUUAUUAUUAUUGUUAUUUUUUAUUUUUUUCAGUAGAAACAGUUAUAGAAGUCUGUCUGAUGAUAUCCAGCUUCAAAAUAAGUUUUUGGUAGCAGUAGAUCCACAGAACCAAAAAAGGAACAUACUUGAGAACUGCCAAAAAGUUUUAAGCAUAGAUGGUUUAGUUUCUAGUUGUGAAUGUUUUAAAGUUUAGUUUUGCACUAUGAUCAGUUACUUGAAUAUUGAAGAAGAUUUUAACCGAUUAGUCCCUAAAUAUUAAGAAAAGAAACAGAUUGGGAAUUAAAAAUUGUACUUUAAGUAAAUUAGUGAGGAUUUGAGCCUGUUGGGCUAUUUUUGUUAAAUAAUUACAAAUUUUAAGCAUUUCUUCCUAAUAAUUUGUUUGUAGUGUAAACUUCUUAUCAUUUUCCCUUGUAUCUCUUCAUCUUUGGAUCAUGCUUUCAAGGGCAUUCAGACCAAUCUUUGCUGGCCUGAAGGUGGUGAAUUUGAAAAAUUAUUCAGUUUGCCUGCACCUAAUGACUCCAGAAUUGGUAUGCACAUUGCAUUAUAUUGUUACCCUUUUCCUUUGCAUGCUUAAGUAUAUACAGUAGUAUUCUAGGAUUGAUUUAUGAUUGUCACAAGAUUAGGCCUUUAGUUAAGCGGAGUCUAAGGAUUAAUGGAAUAGGCUUUUGGAGAUAAAACUUUAUUAACACUUACAGUUUCAUAUCCUAGUAAAUUCAAAUUAUUUAUUUCACAAAGAGGCUGCUAUGCCCAAUAAAGAUGCUUGUGGAAUCUGCAAUGUGCCAUUGUGAUGACAUCUACGUUACUAAGGAUGAUGUUAAAAACUAAUUGGUUGGGAGAAUACUUCACCAAAGCAAGUUGAAAUUCCUUUCAAGCUUGGCCCUUGUUCUCUUGCAGGUUGUUAGACUGUGUUUGGCAGUUACAUUAAAUACUGCUUCUAACAAACAUUUACUUCUUUGUGAAUAUUCUGAAUAUGUAUAUAUAUGUGUAUGUGUAUAUAUAUAUAUAUAUACUUUCUUUUGAUCAGGACUUUACUGGAUUGCCCGCUGUGGUUCACUUUGCUUGUACAUGGGAAUACUAUGGAAAGCUUGGUAGUGAUCCAGACAAGAUUAAUCCAUUAAUUUAUAGUUUUCUUUGGUAGAGAUUGGUUUAUGUUUUUUCUUCACACUUGAGUCGUCCUGUCUUUUAGGGUCCCUUGACAUUUAUUUAGACGUUUCGAGACAUUCUUUCGAGAUAUUCUAUAUUUUAAUUCUUUCUUUCUUUAUGUUCUUUAUAUCUUCUUUAUAAUUUCUUUCUAUUUUGUUAUUGGGAAGGCACCUUUAGCAACUAAGGAUAUCCUAUGAUCAAAUAUUUUGAUAUUUUGUUCUUUCAUGUUAGAUUAUGGUCCCUCUGAAAAGUAACCCUCUAUCCUACAUAUUUAUAGAACUCUGAGCAGACUUACAAUUAUGGACAUGGAUUGAGUUUGUCUUUUAUUUUUAUUUUAUUUUAUUUAUUAUUUAACUUUUUGCUUUUUGGGGAACAAUGGUUUUUAUGGGGAAUUGAAUGGUUUGAUGAAUAUAUAGGCUAAUCUGGAAUACCUUGAAAAGGUUGUUUUUGCCUUUUCCCUUAGAUCAUGUCACACUGCAGUAUGUUAACUUGCACUCCCCCUGAUGAGACAGAAAACCUUCCUUUUCUUCCUCCACGCCUUUUCCUUGUUUUUCGCAGUCAAGUCAAAAAGUAGUCUUCUUGUGUGAUGAUAAAAAAUGCUUGUUGUUUAGGUGGCAAUGAUAGGAGCAUACUUUUGUGCAAACAAAAUGUUUUUAUUUACAAAAGUGAGGUAAAGCCCUCUGUUUAAUCUAUAACCAUCUCUGGAUACUCAGUUUGACAUGUCAGUCUUCCAUCUGAUAUAAGGGACUCUUUUCCCUCAGCCUCAAGAGGAAAAAGUCUGCACAUCUUAUUUGCUGGAGAGCCUAGAAGAUGUCGAACCUUGUGUUUCAGGACCAAAGCAGUAUUCCCCAUGAUCAAGUUCCUUUAAAAGACAUGAAAGCUGAGUGGCAUGCAACAUGUGUGGAAAACCAGGUUAUAUUCAAGGUGAGUUCUGAACCAGCCUUUACACUGGGCUUCUCUGAAAUGUACUGCUUUACAUUUUUAAAGAUCUCAAUGAAGUAUAUAUAUUUUGGUUUUUACAUGUGUGUUCCCACUUUUUCUAUCUUAAUUUAUGAGUAUAUUAUUAAUUGGAUUUGAAAUUUUACUUAUCUAAGAAAGUUACAAUAUUAUAUUCUAAUUAAUGAAUGGUUUUAUUGUGACAAUAUAAAAUGGCGACAUUCGCACGAAAAAAAAAAAAAAAAAAAGGGUUAAAUAAACACAAUUUUUCCUUGUGUUUUUGUGUGCCACCUUCCAAUUUCCUAUACAGUUAUGUUCCAAAUGAAGAUUAGGGAAAGGUUGUAAGCUUUUCAUUCCAUGGGCAACCUGCUGGACAUAAGCAUGGUAGUUUUGUCAUCAUGGCUGUCACAAUUGUACAAACACAUCAAACCUUAGUGUCAUGCUUGGGGCUGACCUUGUUGCUAAGAAAGCAUGUGAACUAGCUUUGCUUGUUAGUUUUGAUCAUCGGGUGGAUUGAAAAGACUUCAAUUCCAACAGCAGCCGGCAGAGCAAUCAUGAAGUGAUGGCAAGGGGAACCUUUGCCAAUAUUCACCUACCAAACAAGCUUUUGAAUGGAGAAGUGGGUCAAAAUAUGACUAACAUUCUAACAGGAGAUAAGCUAUGUAUUAUCGAUGCAGCAAGGGUGAGUUUCCACUUUUCAUCAUCAUUUUUUAUAACAGUAAUAUUGUGUUCAUGGUCAUGGAAAAGUGGAUGCCUUUAUUUAAGUCUUGAGUGAAUUUGAUGCCAAAAAUUGUGGAGGCUUUAUGUAACAUUGUAUACAAAUUACAUGACACUGUCAUCUCUAUUUAGACUUCGUGUAAUCCCGUUGAUAUAAGAGACUACAUUGGUUUUCAUUGAUUCUGCAAACUGGGUUUCUAUAUAUAUUGGCAGAGAGAUACAAGGGGGAUGAGGAAGGCACCAUUUUGACAGAUGACAUUUUGAUUUAAACUGUUGUAGAUUCAAUAUGUUGUAGAUUUGGUGUAUUAUGUUAAUUAGCCUGAUUAUGAGUUGAACACAAACUGGUCAACUUUGUUUUGGUUGAACUUGAUCUGGUUUCUUGUGGACUUGAAGGUUGCUAAGGAGGACAUUGUAAAAUUGAAAGAUGAAGCAAAAGCUUACAAUAAUCACAGGCUACAGGUGCAUGACCCUACUUUUAAAGGUUCAUUUGGUAAUAUUUUUGCAGGAUAUGCCUUUUGUACAAAAGUGCUUUUCUUAUGAAUGCUAAAAUCACUUUCAAAUAGUCUUUGUUCCUUAUUUGUUAAAGGGUACUAAGUUAACGGUUUAUGUCCUUUGAAUUGGAGUAUAAGAGCGUAGCUCAAGUAAAUGAAGAUGCACUGAAACUGAUGGAGAUCGCACGUGAAAAUAUCAAAUUUAAGGUAUUUACGCAAUUCUUUUGUUUUGUUGGAAUUGUUGUUUUUAAACUUACUUGAACAGAUCUCUAAAUGAACCCAAAGAAAAAAAGAUCCCUGCAGCUAAACUACUUAAAGAGAGGAUUUUUAAACUAGAAAAUGAAUCUUGUUUGGAAUCUGAAGAAGAGGCUUCUAUUGCGGCAUGAAAGGAAGAGGCUCUUCCUUCUGCUUCAGCAGCAAUAACACAAGCCUAAAAGAUAAAAAGUCAGCUAAUAUGUGAGUUUCUUUUUGAUGCAUAUAGGCCCUAGCAUGCUAGAGGAGAAUGCAACUGUAAGUCUGCAACACAUUUAGCACUCAUUAUGUGGUUAUCACUUAGCACUCAUGCUUUUCUUCUCUUUGUGGAGAUCUGAUAGUGUAGAGUUUUAGUUCUCCAAGAAUGAAUUCUUGCCUAAAACCCAAUGCUAAAUCUUCAAUCCAAAAAUGCUAUUUGACCACCGCGACAAUUCUUUCAUACCAAAUACAUAUGUAAGAAUCCAUUUAUAAAGGUUAUUGCUCGUAUUAUUAUUAUACAACUAUUAUGAA